CGCUCUUUCUCUUCGUUUAGAAGGUUUAUCGGGGGAGCAUACCAGAUGUCUUGCUGCCUACAACACUAACAUCCGUUUUUAUUCUAUUGACUGGUCUUUUGCGACUACAUCUUCUCCAAUUACUUCGCUUCCUUCUCCCUCCUCCACCAUAUCCGUAUUUGACCUUUUGGGGCGGGUUGUUUUCCAGCCAUCCUCUACGUCCGCUACUCAUCCAGCCAUUUGUUACCAGCUACACCAGAUCUCCACUUUCGACUCAGACCACUUUUGAGCUGCCUGUUCGGUAUUGACAACAACAUUGCACACUCGUUUAUAUAUGGUGGUAUCUUCCUAGUCAAACUUUCAACUUCCUCAGGUUAUUUAUUCACUCAUUUACGUGUAUUAGUACUGGACAUUUGGAGAUAAAGGCUCAAUCUCGAGACAGCGACUUAAGCCCCUUUUAUUCUCUAGUCGUCAACAUAUAACCAGCAUACACAUCCUGCUUCUCCAAUGAAGUUCAUAGCAGUUGGCCUCAUUGCCCUCGUCCACACCGCGCUCUCAGCGCCGCCACAAACACAGGUCCAGGCUGAGGGGCUUGGGUAUGACGACCCGACGGUGCUCGGCGCAGGCGCCAAGAUCCACUCAAGCGGUGUCUCCGGCGAGGGAUCCUUCAAAGUACCAUUGUUUCUGAAGAACGGGCUGGACCCUGAAUCCAAGCGCAAACAUCGGAUGGCGGAACGGGCACACAAGAUGAAAAAUCUGGCCCAAGUCCCGCUGUCGAACAACACAGCGCCGCUGACCGAUGUCAAGGACUACUAUUACUACGGCUACAUUGGGAUUGGUAAUCCAGUGCAGCACUUCUCGGUGAUCUUCGACACUGGCUCGUCCAAUAUCUGGGUGCCUGGCGCUACAUGCAAUUCGACGGCGUGCACCCAGCAUCGGCGGUUCAACAAGGGCACGUCUGCGUCGUUUGCCAAUACCGAGCAGAGAAUCGAGAUCCAGUAUGGAACUGGGUUCAUUGCCGGCGAUGUCGGCGUCGAUACUGUGCGUGUCGCUGACUCGGUGGUCAUCAAGGACCAGCCGUUUGCAACCACCAACCUCGAGGACAGGACGUUCGAGCUGCCACGCAGCCAGUUCGACGGACUCUUUGGGCUUGGGUUCACUGGCGGCGCCGAAGGCGGUGUCACAUCGCCGGUCGAGAACAUGGUAGCGCAGGGCGCUCUGGAAGAGCCCUUGUUUGGCGUCAAGCUGUUCCGCAGCAGCGGCAAGGCCAGCGGCGAGAUCACCUUUGGUACAUACGACAGGGCAUACAAGGACAAGAUCGUCUGGCUCGACGUCUACGGCAGCCUGUUCUGGGUGACAACCAUGGAGGGCAUCUGGUACGGUGAUGAGCCGAAGAACUAUCUCCGCAAGGCGCUGCUCGAUACAGGCAGCUCGCUGAUAUAUGGCGACCCUUUCACGCUGGCCGGAAUGAGCGCCCGCAUUGGUGCCAACAUCAUGUCAGGCGAGCUGCCGUGCUCGGUGCUGCCCCAGCUGAAGCCGUUCCACUUUGUGCUAGGUGGCAGGCGCUUCACAAUGAGGCCCGAGGAGUAUAUCUACCACGAUGAGAUCAAUGAUGUGUGCGAAGUCCAGUGGAUGCCUGUCAGCGAGUACCUGUGGGUGCUUGGCAUUCCUUUCCUGCAGUCGCACUACUCUGUAUACAAUAUCCGCGAUAAGAAGAUCGGUCUGGCACAUAUGGAGCUGUGAUACCACUCCAGGUGCAUAUAAAAAGGUUUUGGUUACAGCCAUCCAUUCUUGAUUUUAUCUUUAACGCUCCUUUCUACGCACAUUUUCUCCAAAAAAAAAUAUCCAAUUCU